UUGAUUGUUUCAAGUACUAGAAAUCUUUUCAGCCUUUUUAAAACAUAUAUAUAUAUAUAUAUAUAAAUAUCCAUUUUCCCAAAAAAAAAACACAUAUAUUAUCGCUUGAUAUCUCUGUGCAGCCACCAACUAGUCAUGGAUAGUGUUCUUCGGGCAAUAGAUAAACGUUUCGAUACAAUUAUCGCACCAGGAACAACGCUUGUUUAUCCAUUAUUUGCAGCGAUUGAAAGUACCAAGAGUGGUUCAUCACCAGAAGAGCAUCGACAAUGGCUGACAUACUGGGUUUUAUAUUCUUUCAUUACACUGUUUGAGCGUUCUUUUUGGAUGCUCCCAUGGAUUCCCCUUUGGUGGCGCAUGAAGCACUUGUUUUGCAUGUGGCUGGUGUUUUUCAACGGAGCAACGCUUGUACACGAGUACACAGCACGAACAUUAUUAUUAGUGAAGAAUGAUCAUAAGGAUAAUAAUAAUAAUAGUAUUAGUAUGAGUAUGGUCAACUCAAAUCUUUCAGAGAGUCAAAGGGAAGUCCUAGAGAUGAUGGACACUGACGCUAGAAACUCCGUUGAAAGUUAUAUCGAACAACAUGGACUUGAUGCAUUCGAUCGAGUCAUCAAAGCGGCUGAGAAAGAAGCAAAGAAGCACUGAAUAAGUAAACCAAGUCUCACAAAGCACUUACUGAUCAUGAUUCAUGAUCAACUCCUUGUAAAGAUUAAUACAAUUAAAGAAAAUGUGUACAUAACGAAUAUAUAAUGUUUUAACUUAUAAUAAUUCAUGGCAUCCUUUGUAUACAUAUAUAAAAUGUUGUAACUUGUAAGUAAAAGAAACAGAGCCUUUUAAGGGUAUUUUCAUUAA